UUUCCUGCAUCUCUCUGUGUUUGUGGAUCUCAUGGCUGCUGUUUGGCAACAGGUGCUGGCAGUGGACGCAAGGUACAAUGCUUACCGUACACCUACGUUCCCCCAGUUCCGCACGCAGUACAUCCGCCGGCGCAGCCAGCUGCUCCGCGAGAAUGCCAAGUGUGGCUUUGAGCCGGGGCUGCGCAGGCAGUAUCUGCGUCUGCGCAGUCAGUUGCUCGCCCUGCGUUACGGGCCUCUGUCAGAGCAGAGCAGCUUCAGAGCCAGCAGUGUGCGCAGUUCCCGCACCACACUGGAUCGCAUGGAGGACUUCGAGGAGGAUCCCAGGGCUCAGGGUGCCAGAGGCCACCGGAGAUCAGUAAGCCGUGGUUCAUACCAGCUGCAAGCCCAGAUGAACAGGGCAGUGUAUGAUGAAAGGCCUCCAGGUAGCCUCGUGCCCACAUCGGUGGCCGAAGCCAGUCGGGCAAUGGCAGGUGACACCACCCUAAGUGAGAACUAUGCCUUUGCCGGAAUGCACCACAUCUUUGACCAGCAUGUCGACUCAGCUGGUGAGUGAGCUGUUAA